CAGUAUCAUUUCCACUGGUGCGAGUGCGGGUUUCGCUUCGUCUCUUGGUUUCGUCUUCCCUGCCGCUCGCGUUGGCCUUUCCUGUCGCGUCUUUGCUCAGUGGUUGUUCCAUUGAAGUAAAUACCUAGACGAAAUUUACUGGAUGCGCGGUGGUUGACAGUGUAGUCGGGGAGGCAUCGGCUUUUGCCGAUCUCCUCGCGAAAAGGACUGAAUUAAUCGUCCGAUCAUUCACUAACUGUAUAACGCAGAGUGUUUACUGUUUGGUGAAUGUAGAGUGAUUCGCGGUGUGUCUCGUGUAUCAUAGUUCGCCCCUGUGAGUGAAUGUCCUGAAAUCGAAGCAGCAACAAGAGAGAUGAGACGAGAGACAGAAGCAGAAGCUGAAGCUGCCAGCCGCGAAUUGGGUUACGUCCCGUUCGCCUGGCAACGAUAUAUGACGCAACGGCCACCCUUCGUUAGUAUCCGCGAUCCUCGUGAUCUUUACGUGCCGCUUUAACUGCAACAGGACUUUGAGUUUCGCUGGCAAGACACGCGAAAAGGAAACGCCAACUGCCUUCCAUGCGAUCAGUUAUCCCCGCCCCGUUCACUCGAUUGCGCAGCUAGUUUUGGAGGUUAGCCGAUCACGAUUAAGAAACUUGAACGAAAGCGACACCCACAGAGCCAGCCGGAUCAGCUGUUUGCCCAGGACGACCUCUCCGACUACCCUCGGUAGCCCAAAUGCCAGUCCAGCACGCCAGCCUUUUAAAAGUCACCGACUCGAAGGCUCCUUGGUCACAGCGUGAACGGAGAAAGGACAAUGUUGUCGUACAUGCUGCCGACCGAAGACAAACCACCACCGGGAGACUCGAAUCAGGCCAAUUACCGUGCUAGUAAGUUGCAGAAGAGUCUGAGAGAACGGCCCCCUAUCGCUUCGAAGCCGGCAGGCAAAGUAAUCACCGUUUCUCCGAAAAAGUACGUUGAUACGGGAAAAACAAUGAUCGUUUCGACGAAGAUCGAGGAGCACGCUGGUGACCAGCAGCAGCAUCACCGGCAGGACGAGCAGCAGCAACACGGAGUGUCGGCCGAAAGCCCGAAACACAAUGGCACCGUGGUGAAAAAAUCGACUUUGCACACGUCCAAGGUCACCAAGGAUGACAGCCUGUACAGCAUAAACAGCGAGGCCAGUACGGUCGGAAGCGAUCGGAAGAACAAAAUUUUCAACGGAGCCAAGCACACUAGUCUAAAGAGAGUUUCCUUUGGUUCGAGUAAAGGAUCAAUGGUAGAAACUUUGGUAUACGAGACUCCUGUUCAAGAAGAGCCGGAGAUCAAUCGGUUUAUGGACCACAACGGCCGUAUACCCUCUAUGAUCGCAUCUGUACCUGAUACCGACGAAGGUAGGGAAAUGGUACGCGUGUCGUUGUUAGGUCCACAACCUUCACCGACAACGCCCGGCGUAUUUCAGGUGCAGCCUAUCGCGAUAUCGAGGACUCAACCGAUCGACAUGGACACCGUUCCGGCCGAACUGCUGACUACGCACACCGAACACACAGCUCCCGCCUAUCACACGCAAAUCAGUACGGACAGUGGUUGGGAUAAUCCGUUCAGACCAGACGGCGAUCUUUCGAGGGAAGCAGACGAGAUAGUUGAAUUGAUAAAAGGUGGAAAACCCAUCACACCGACCCCUGGACAAACCGCUCCUCCGUUGCCAGGGUGCGACGCUGUUACCAGCAAUGCGCAGACCACCGUCGACCACGACUCCAGUUCCAGUCCCCUGUUGAAAUCCUCGGCGAACUCGACGAAUCGACACGCCAACUCGUCGCCGAAACCUGGCCAGGAAAAUGGAAACGCCCAUGGUACACCGAUGAAAGCUGCAACCGCCAACAACCAGCAAUCUGUCAACGAUAAGGUUGUCGCAUCGAGAGCAGCUACGGUCGAAGUGGCCAGAAUGACGGCACAGGGACCAGGCGACGCUUCGCAGGUCGAACACGUCACCUUAAAGAAGAAGCCUAAAUGUAAAUGUUGUCUUCUGCAGUAAUGGAAAGGAAGCAAGCUACCGCAUGGAUGUCUCAGCAGUCGGAUGAUUCAACGUCGUUGAAGGUGCAUCGGGACUUGGCCGCCGAUAACUUUGCGGUUCACGUUUUUCGAAAUGGUCGCUGUACGAGUGCCGUGGAAAACAUUGUAACUUCUUCCGUUGCAUCCUACUCUAGAAACGAGUUUCACGGAGAUACGGAAGAACUGAGAUACGCAGGGCAAAUGUGCGAUCGCGUGAACGCGUCGUAUUCCUAUUUCCGAAACGAGAUCGACGAUUUUUCUACGACGAGGAUACGAGUUGGUCGUGUCGAUCGUCGAAAGCAAUCUACUCGUAGGAUCGAAGAUUCGUACAGAGAAUGCGAGCGAUGGUUAUCGAUACGAACGAGAAGAGAAUCCCGAUACCGGUUGAAACAACGAUGAUACCGAGCGAAUUGACAUGACGCGACACUGAGGAAGAUACCUGAACGAGCGUAGAAAAGCACCGAGCCUCUUGAUAGCCUUUCAGAAAGACAGUGGAGUGUCUAUAAAGUAACAGACUAUAUAAAAGAAGAGAAUAAAUAAAAAAAAAAUUAUAUAUAUAUAUAUAUAUAUAUAUACAUACACAUAAAACUAUAUUGUAGAUACAGAAAUGGUAGUUGUAUAGCUUAUAUGCUUUUAUUAUUGUGGUUAAUUACUGUCAAAAUUAUCGUGAUUUCGGGAAUAUUUUCGCGCGUUGCCGCGUGAAAAUGGCGAGACGCGAGCGUGAAAGAAAAAGUCGCAGUUGCACAGAAUGUUUCAAAGUUAAUGAGUUUAAAGAACGCCAUUACUUCGUUGGACAUCGAUAUAAUAUCAUAGAUUAUUCAUAGACUCUCGUUUUUACUAAAACUCAGAACCUCUAUAGGCAAAACUUUUACGAAAUUUUUUAACAUCGCGUAGAAUGUGCGCCAUUGAAAACUGUACGUACGAUGAUCGUUGAAAGAGACGCAACUCGAUGAAAAGAGAAACGUCAAGCCGGCCGUAUUUCUUUUCUCGCGAUUAAGCAUGAGAACGCGUAGUAUUUUCUCUUAUUGCGAAGAAGAUAUCGUCUAUCGAACCGCUUUACUUUCACACACCAAUCUUUUCUUCUCUAUUCUGUUGCCAUUCUUUUCUACACCUCGCAUCAAAGAAACGCAAACCUAUCGAAAGAGAAAGCUGUAAUUAAGCGAGCUGGCGCUCGCCAGUCUAAACGCGUGAGUAACUAUUCAGGAUCGUCAAACAUGAAAUGUGUAAAUAUCGCGAUAUUUUUUGAAACAAAGUGUGAUUGUCGGCGAUCCGAAGAGUGCGAGAACGCGUUACGUUCCAUUCGAGUUGGUGCGGACGAACGGAUUCGACGACGACGUGGCUUGCUCUCCGCGCUCCAACUCUAAUUUCUCGAUUGCUGCAGCGGCACAAAUUAAUUAAGCGUCGAGAAUGCUACGGUGACUACCGUAGACGAUAGGGCGCACGAAUGAACGCUUAACGAUUUCUUUCUCGGGACUUGUUCGAUUCGAUGAUCGUCUUACAAAUUAUUUAUUUCGUUUUAUGCGUUUUAUUUACUUUUACUUCGAUGUGUCCUUUCACCGCUACGUUCCAUUCAUUUUAUUUAACCAUAUAUACGUGUAUGACGUGUAUCUUACAAAGCGAAUCUUUCCGAAAGUAUAGAGAUUUAAAAAGACACUCGUUUAAAAUGAGUAAAAGGCACGUUUAUGAAACGUAUAUGCUAAAAACGUUUCGAUGUUCGUUGGAAGGAAAACCGUUGAUCGGUUUUAUGCGUAUUAAUAAUAAUGUAACAGGGAAAAAACGCCAGAUCGUGGAAAACUGCUCGGUUCUCCAACCAUUGCGUAUACAGAUACAGAAAGAACGCAAGGAUCCGCCCUGUAUCGAGCGGUGCUUGGUUCACGUUAAUGGUUGUACGUGUGUGCGUGGCUGUGUGUCUGCACGAGUGCCUGUAUUUUUUAAUACACAUAUCCGCAUAUUUUUUCUAGAUCGUCCGAGCAAAAGAUAUUUAUGAAAAAUAUGCGAUCCUAUGGUGAAGGAUGAUGAAACAGGGAGCGAAAGAAAGAACGAGACCGACACCAGCGGAAUAAGAUUUCCUUUAUUUUCGUUCAUUGUACGCCGUUGCAAUGUAUGUAUGGCAAAGCGUGUAAUAUAAAGUUGUAACAGAAGAUCCUGAAUAAUUUACUCGCGUCCUCGCAGAUUGUAAUCGAAAGUGACGUACCAGCAAGGAAAUCUAAACGGGAAGAGUACUAAAUACUAUGUGUAUAUCUCUAAAACAAACAUACAUGUAUAUUUACGCGUUUGCACACUUGCGUGUACACGCUCACGCACACGCACACGAAACGUGGAGAAACAUUGAACAAUUCUGAAGACCUUUCCGCGAAUUUCGCUCCGAUUCGUGUUUCUCGAGCUAAUAAUAUCAAAUCUACGUGGAUAUUCAAACUUUACACUGGAAAUCUUUUGAAUGUUAAUGGUCUUGACGCGCCCAGAGCGUAGGGAUUUCGCGCGAUUGGACACGCAACCAACCGAUUAUCCGCAAAAUGCAAAUGUUUUCUUAUCGAUUCGUUCGAUUCUAUGCUCCGAGUCAUGCUCGCCGAUAAAACGUAUAUCCGCCUCGAAAGAACGAACACGGCAUGUUAACACCAUCGGAAAGAUGAUGAAACACUCGAAGCUUGGUUUUCUUGCGCCGAUAGUUCCUCCGAGAUAUCUGGCACGAUUAAACGCACCGAUUUACGCUCGUGUCGCGUCAAAACUAUUAAUACUCGUUUUACAUAAUAUAUAUCUACAAGAACUCUAUACGAACAUUAGGCUAAUUUGACAAACAUUUCGGUGUUAAAACUGACGGAAAUUGGAGCGAUCCGAGCGAAGCAACGGGCAUAUCCGUUACGGGACAAAAGGACGCGAUCGAUUGGAAUCGCGUACGGCAAUGUUUUGGUCUCUGAAAGCCUUAGCGCGUUUCAUCGAGUACCUAAGUAUAUUUUGUAUCGAGAGAAAUCGGGUGUUCAAUCAUACGAGUUAUACGUAAUGCUGAAGAAAGUGAGGUACGAAGGGUGCUGAGUAACAAAGAUUAAAGGUAUUAUUUUACUAAACGAAAAUGUAGGUGCGUGUGCGCUCACAGAAAUACAUAUGUACGUGACACAAACGAGCAAACGGUAAUUCGUACACAUUCGUGUUCAAGAAUAAAAAAGAUGUAAGGCGCCGUACACAAGUUUGUUCGAUUAGCGUCUCGACGUACGGCAUCUUUUUAAUUUGUAAAAAGUACUAUAAGGGUAGAUUCAGAGCCUAAAGCGAACACGCGUUCGAAGUCAUGUUGACAGAGGACCGAUUCUUUCAUUUCAACGAUCGUUUGUUUACGUUAGAUCACCUUUAAUUUCAACUGAAAUCUAAAUUUAACAUUGCCUGUGAUAUCGAAAGCAAUCUUAUUCUCGCGGCCAUGAAUCAUUCCAAACAUCUCAGUGAGUACUACUACGUAAUAGAGGGUCAAGUUAAUAGCUGUCUGUGUUGUCCAUGGGUAAUAUCGAACACGAGGGUUUUAUCGUCCUGAUACGACGUGAUUUCGAGACAUGCGUUCAUCGAAAAUCCUGUCAGCCUCUUUUAAACUCUGAACCUAUGCCGAUAGCACUUUAUAAAUGUUAAAAAGAAUAGCCUGGUUACAGACGAGCGGUAUACUUCGAGGUGAUCUCUUUGGCGAAAUAUUUUGAAUCGAUCGAGGUGAGUUGAGCGAGUCGUCGAGUUGCACGAGAAGAUGCGACGUUACCAACGAGUGGAAUCCACCGAAAUUCUUAACGUCUGUUCCCACGCAAAAUGUUGAUUUUGCUGAGCUUACAGAUACUGAGCGAAUAUUAAAUGUCUUGUUAAGAAAAAAAAAAAAAGAACAAAAAGAAAA